CAUGGAACGGGGCUUGUUCGUGUUGCUCCUGGGGGUGAUGGGGGCCUGCGCCGGCUCCUCCUCCUCCUCCACGCACUCCCAGUGCAAUUUCUACAUGGGGGUGUCAGAGCCCAGAGAGGGUAUCCCAUGGUUUACUGCUUUGAGCUACGUGGACGACCAGCUCUUUGUCCAGUACGACAGCGACACCAAGAAGGUCCAGCCCCGCGUCCCCUGGAUAAAGAAGGCGGAGAAGGACGACGCCCGAUACUGGGAGACAUUCACCCAGGCCUUGCAUGGCUGGGACCAGAUGUUCAGAGUGAAUGUGGAGGACGUACGGAACUAUUACAACCAGAGCAAGGGGUUUCAUACCUGGCAGCUGAUGUACGGCUGUGAGCUGAGGGAUGACGGGAGCAAAGGAGGAUAUAUACAGUAUGGCUACGACGGGAGCGACUACAUCGCCCUGGACAAGGAGACCCUCACCUGGACGGCCGCCGAUGUCCCGGCGCAAAACACCAAGAGGACGUGGGAGGCUGAACCUGCCCUUGCUCAGCGUGACAAGGCCUACCUGGAGGUGACCUGCAUUGAGUGGCUGCGGAAAUACCUGGACUACGGCAAGGAGACUCUGCUGAGGAAAGAGCGCCCCGUGGUGAAGGUGACGAGCCAGGCGGACCACAACGACAUGGAGACCCUCGUCUGCCAGGCCCACGGCUUCUACCCCAAGGCCAUCGAGACCACUUGGACGAGGGACGGGGAGGUCAUGGAGCAUAAGACCUUCCGCAGGGACGUCGCCCCCAAUUCAGAUGGGACCUACCACGCCUGGCUCAGCAUCAAGAUCGACCCGAAGGAUCGGGGCCACUACCGGUGCCGUGUGGGUCAUGACGGCCUGUCAAAGCCUCUGGUCGUGGCCUGGGAGGAGCCUGGUGCUUCCAACUUGGGGCUCAUUAUCAGGUGUGCUGUGGGGACCGUCUCUGUCCUGCUGGUAGCUGGGAUCGUUGGGAUCUAUUUCUACAAGAAACGUCAAGAUAGCUACAGAGCAGCAUCAAGUGAGUGA